AUGCAGUCCCUAAAGGCGCUGGCCCAGUCCACCUUGGGUGAAAUCAAGGAUGCCCUGGUCGAUGCGGUUGGCGAUGAUGAUGACGAAGAAGAUCUGCGGCAAAACUACGUGUUGGAAGCAACUCGGAUCCCGAGGCCUAGCCCUGUCGACUCCGAGCGACAAGCAGUCCCGAAAGGCGAAGAAUCAGCGAAGUCUGCAUCUGCUUCAGGGGAUUCGGAAGUGGAUCCCUGCCUGCACGAGCAGCAUGAGGCGUUGAAAGAGUUCGCAGCACUCUGUCAGCUCCCAAGUCUCGAAGACACGUUGCAGAGUCUUGGAGCAAGCGCCGAAGCAUCACAAGCCCUGACAAAACUGAGAGGUGGCCCAGACCUCUCCGUACCGCAGGUGGAGAUUUUGUGUUGCAAAGUUCUGCGGCAAGUGCUUCCCCAAGUGGCACUUGAAAGCAUCGCCCAGUCAGGAACCAGUGACACGAAACGGCUGUUGACGUCUUUCAAUGAGCGCUACGAAAACCUGCUGGAAGAGCACAUGAUGCUCCAGCGGAAGUGUCGAGAUCUGACAUCGAAGAAUGUGCAAUUUGAAGCUUUGGCCCAGCAAGCUGAGGCGUGGCAAAGCGCACAUCAAGCAGCCAUCCGCCGGAUCGAGCAGCUGUCCUCUGAGAACGCAGAGCUCAAGGAACAAAUGGCGACUUGGCGGCGACAAGGUAUUGAGACCAAGGAGCGAUCGCAGCUGCACUCGCUGCUUUCACAAAAAGAUGCAGAGCUCCGGGCUUCAACGGAUGCUCUGCGCAAGCUUGAGGAGAUAAUGGAGGAGCAAAACACGCUGAGCGAGCAAAACGCAAGUUUGAAGCGUGAGCUCCGUGAGCUCCGUGAGCUCCAUGUGCGGGAAGCACAGGAAGCGCAGGAGCUUCAAGCACCAUCUGGCUCUGGGACUUCUGGGAGGCCGGAUUCUGAGAAUUCUCAGACUGAGUUGGUGACUCUCCAGGAGUACCAGCAGUUGUCGGCUCGAUGCAUGGCCGCGGAGGCAGAGCUUAAAGAUACCUCUGCAGCUCUGGAAGUUUUGCUGCAGGAGAAAGGACGCAGGCUUGAAGACCAAGACUUUCUGGUGGAUCGAAGGUUGGUGGCUUCCAUGCUUGCACUGUAUCACGAGCACCUCGCCUCGGGGCAGCGAGCCCUGGCUGAGCAGGUGCUGGCGCAGGCGAUUCAUGUAUUGGGUGGUGUUCCUGAGGAGGCCCAGAAAAAUCGUGCACGAGUAAAAGCCGCGGCUGCGGCUGCUGAAGCUCGGCUUGCUGAACCACUCGGCAAUGCGUUUCUAGAUUUCCUGGAAAAGGAAGCCACUGCGGAUUCCAAACUACCAGUGAGCCUGACGGGCUCACGUGACUCCUCAUAG